AUGGAGGCGAUAGUCAAAGGUCAGCGCGAACGACCCGAGUCAUUUCCUAGAAUCAUCACAUGUCCUAGCGAAAUGGUCGCACUCUCAAUGGCGGAUGGAUAUGCCCGACUAUCCAAUCAACCCCAAUGCGUAAUCAUUCAUGUUGAUGUGGGAACCCAGGCCCUAGGACCAGCCAUCCAUAAUGCCUCGUGUGGACGAGCUCCUGUCCUUAUUUUCGCGGGCCUAUCUCCUUUUACGCUUGAAGGAGAACUACGCGGAUCUCGCACUGAAUUCAUUCACUGGAUCCAGGAUGUGCCAGAUCAAACACAGAUCGUCAGGCAAUACUGUCGCUACACCGCAGAGUUGAAGACGGGCUACAAUGUGAAGCAGAUGGUAAAUCGUGCGUUGCAGUUUGCAACUAGUGAGCCACAAGGUCCAGUUUAUCUCUGCGGUGCUCGAGAAGUGAUGGAACAGGAAAUUGAGCCGUAUCAACUAGAACGAAAAUUUUGGGGCCCUGUUCAGCCUGUUGCACUCCCUGCCGAGGCGCUUCCAGUUAUUGCGUCAUUACUCCUUGACGCUCGAAACCCCCUAUGUAUCACGGGAUACAGUGGUCGGAAGCAUGAUGCUGUUGAUAGCCUUGUCGCUCUUGCCAACGUUGUAAAGGGCAUGCGCGUCCUCGACACGGGUAGUAGUGAUAUGUGCUUUCCGGCGGAUCAUCGUGCAUGGCUGAGCUGCCGGUAUGGGGUUCAUGACGCUAUUACCACUGCUGAUGUGAUUCUAGUCCUUGCAUGUGAUGUUCCAUGGGUAAACACGCGUUGCAAGCCAUCCAGAACUGCCCGCAUUGUUCAUAUUGACGUGGAUCCGCUCAAGCAGCAAAUGCCUGUCUUCUAUCUUGACGCUGAGCUGCGGUAUAGGGCCGAUGCGGGAACUGCAUGUCGUCAAAUUGUGAAUCACAUAUUGGGCGACGCAGAAAUGACCAAAGCAACCCAGUCACCUACAUUUGACAGCCGAUGGGACGCAUUGGGGCUGUCUCACGUUAGAUUGCUAGAUUCUCUCCGGGAGACCGCCCAACCUAAUGAAGACGGCUCUUUCGGAACCGCUUAUCUAUGUAGUCUUAUUCGAGAGCUAGCACCCAAUGACUCCAUAUAUGCGAUAGAAGCUGUUACUAAUACUGCAAUUGUUGCGGACCAGAUCCAAGCCAAUCUACCUGGACAAUGGUUGGGCUGUGGUGCAGGAGGACUUGGAUGGAGCACUGGUGGCGCUUUGGGAAUAAAACUCGCAAGCGAUGCACUUCAACGCGAUGGGCCAAAGAAAAUGGUCAUUCAAAUAGUCGGCGAUGGCUCAUACAUGUUCAGCAUUCCCGGAAGCAGCUUUUGGAUUUCUCACCGGUACAAGAUACCCAUACUGACUAUCGUCCUCAACAAUCGAGGUUGGAAUGCGCCUCGUGUCUCGAUGGAACUCGUACAUCCCGACGGCCUUGGGUCGCAGGUCAGCAACGAUGAGCUCAAUAUUGCAUUCUCACCUACACCAGACUAUUCUGGCAUUGCGAAGGCAGCUUCGAAUAACACAAUCUACGGGGUCAAAGUUUCAGAAGCUUCAAAUUUAAGAGAUGUACUCCGAGAGGCGAUCCGACAAGUGCAGAAUGGGACGACGGCUGUCGUAGACGCAGUUGUCCAAAAUACGCCUUCUCGGCGGUGA